UGACUGAUGAGUAGAAUAUGAUAGCAAACCUUUCUCUUUCCCAUCAUCACCAAAAAUGGGAGCUCAUAAAGAUCUAUCCGAAUCAAAAAGAGCAGAAAUCUGGGGCGCAUAUAAAACCUCAGGGAAGUCGCUAGCAGCAAUUUCUGCUAUAUUGGGCAUACCUAAAAGUACUGUUGCUAACACUGUCAAACGUAUAAAGGAGAAUGAUGGACAAUUUUGCGGUGCUAGACCAAAGACAAGGCCAGAAUUUAGGAAACUUAGCAAGCGUGAUAUUGUAAAGGUGCGGGAAGCCGCAGAAAAGAAUAAAGGCAAGUCCUACGGUUGGAUAAGGAGAGAAGUAGGUGUUCAAUGUAGUGAUAAAACCAUUGCAAGGACCUUAAAGGCGCUCAAUGAUGCUAAAAAGUAGUCUACUCUAUGGAAACACUCAAUUUGAUGAUGUAAAUUGUAGUAAUGAAUGAGAUGAAAUAUUAAACAGGAUC